GCUGCCGUCCCGCCCCCACCACCGGGCUCCUCCCGCUGCCCGCAGGCGGCGGGGCCGGGGGCGAUGCGGGGCGGCGGGGCCGGGCUGCGGCUGCUGCUGGGAGCCGGGAGGGCGGCGGGGAGCCGGGGAGCCGCGGCCGGCAGCGGGGCCGCCAUGUCUUCCCAGUCUCAUUGGCUAACAACAGAGGAGAGGAACCAAGUUUUACUGGAUCUCAAAGCUUCAGGCUGGUCUGAGCUAGGUGAAAGAGAUGCCAUCUACAAAGAAUUCAACUUCAAAAAUUUUAAUCAGGCUUUCGGGUUUAUGACACGAGUCGCUCUACAAGCGGAGAAGAUGAAUCACCACCCGGAAUGGUUUAAUGUCUACAGCAAGGUUCAGAUCACCCUCAUUUCGCAUGACUGCGGUGGGCUGACGAAGAGAGAUGUGAAGCUGGCUCAGUUCAUUGACAAAGCUGCUGCCUCCGUGUAACACAGGUGUAAGGAGUUUGAACGCAUCAUCCAUCUGUAUCUUGUAUUUAAUUGCUGUUCCUCACUGACUGUAACUGAUUUCACACCCCCCUGGGAGGACAAGGGAUUUUGUAAAGGGUGGUUUAGCUUCGUUAGCUGUUAAGACCUUUAUCUGAGAGACCCCUCUGAAUGCCUGCACUCAUCCUUUUACACUGCUGGCACCACAUGAGGAUGUAGGGGAUAAAACAGCAAAAAAUUGGGUUGGAACAAUCCUUUCCUAGAAAGCAAAAGAAGCUGCAGUGAAAGCUAGCACCCGGCCCCAAGUGUCCACAUUCCCCAAGCCCAGCGGAGAGUCGGGGCUGGUGCCAGCUGCCCUACAAGCAUGCCCCACGCCUCCCACUUCCAUUUCUCAGUUCGCACACCCCUGUGCUCCAGGGGAUGGGAUAGGGGCCAGGCGGGGUGCCCCCAGCCUACGGGCUUUGUCAGGGAAAAGUGACACUGCGUGCUGGGGAGCUGUCCCCGGCCUGAGAUGCGGGGUCCUGCGCUGGAGGAAAAAUUCCAGCUCUGCUCCAGCAAAUAGCAGCACAUCCCGGUGAGCUCCUGGCACUGGGUGCUGUGCUGGGUCAGGCCAUGGCCACGCGUUGCAGGACGGAGCUGUUACUUCUGCUGCAGUGCUUGUACCUGCAGGAGAGGAGGGGGAGCUUGGCCGGGCGCCCGCAGCCGCCGGCAGCGGAGGAAGAGGCAUUAGCAGGAUUCUUGCUAAGCUGGGCUCGGCUGAAGCUAUGCUCACCCUCCUUGUAGCUGCAAUUACUCACCGGGAGCCUUGUUCCGAGAGCUGCGGAUCCCACCGACCAGCUUGAAAAUAAUUUCUUCCGCGCUUUCAAAGUCUUUGUUUUUAUCCCCUGAUCCUCGCCGGGACAGAUUUCCCUGCCAGCAGGGAGAUUUCAGCCCAAGGAAGGGCUGCAGCAGGGCCUCCCUCGUGCUGCAGCCUGCAGCCGCGUGCCCUGCGAGCCCCUCGGGGUGCAGCCGCCAGCCUGACACCUGCGAAAUGCCCAGCACAUAGCUGGAGGGGCACCGAAGGCAAGCUCACAAACUGCUGAGGAAUGAGAUGCAUGCCGAGGGGGCAGGCGCUGCCAAAAUCUAUAUCGGGCGCGUGUGCGAAGUGUGUGGUCUCUCAGAUAUUCGGGAUGCAGAAUGCCACUAGCUGACCCGCAGAUGGCCGUGCCGGUAAAAUAAGAGAGGUAUUUUUUGUUAAUCCUUAGCGAGCAUACUGCCACAUGCUAAUUGUUAGCGGGAAGCAAGAUGGAAGAGGUGGGGAUUUGCCGGCGCUGACCAUACUGGGGCUGUCAAAUCCAAAAGAAACCCAAAUUCAGGCUGCGUGCUCAGAUGUUCCGUGCUCCGAAGUGCCUUUCCCCGCUGAAGCGGUGGAUUUCCCUGAUUUCCCUGAUAUGGUUUGAAAUCGGUCGCUGUUGUGAGGAAUGAGUGCAAUUAAAACAAACAAUCAGGCUGGGAUGUCUCCUGUUACUGGUGGGGAAGUGAAACGAGCUUCACCCAACGUUUUGACAAUGUCUCUAAUGAACUGUGAAAACUCUGUUGUUGGAAAUUGAUAUAUAAUGCAAACGCUUUGAAUAAAACCAAUAAAAUCAAAUUCCUCCUUUGUAA